GGGAGGACGUGGUUCCCACCAACAGCUCCAACGGUUCCCUCAGCACUGAAACAGAACCUCCCCUGGGUCCUGCAGACAUCCUGGUGCCGUUCCAAUCAGAACCAGACUGAGAGGAGUCCAAGCUUGUUAAAAAGGGGCGGAGCCAGAGAUACUGUCCAAUACAGGUGAGGCUGCAUGAAGCUCCAGGACACUUCAAGGACGAUCAGAACCUGCAGGGACCGGAAGGCUGUGGGGAAGGGGGGGAUGCAGCAGCCGUGGGAGGCUGCAGGCUGCAGGUGGCUGCAGGUCUAAAUCCUGAUAAGAGGAUCAGAGUCGCUCUGAGGCACUAAGCCGUUGGCAGGGUGAGGAAGGGUUCUGUCGACUGGACCCAGGUAGGACGGGAACCGGCGCUGACUCCACUGGGACAGGCUGACCUUUGAACCAGAGAGGCCCUCAGAUCACGGGACCAUGGAGGCUGAGGACCCGUCUCCUCUGCACCGAUUCGUCGUGGCCAAACAUUCCAUCGGAUCCAUCUUCGACCAGCUGCUGGAGUUCGUGAGGACCGGUUCUGUCUUUGUGGACGAGGCCGUCCAGAACCAGGAUCUGGGUCCGGUGGCGGUGGAGGAGCACAGUCUGGAGAUGCAGAGCUGCGCCGCCAAACUGGCCGCCAUCAGAGAGGUUCUGCUGAGGAGACACAUGAAGGUGGCCUUCUUCGGGAGAACCAGUAACGGGAAGAGCACCGUCAUCAACGCCAUGCUAAGAGAGCGGGUUCUGCCCAGCGGCAUCGGGCACACCACCAACUGCUUUCUGAGCGUGGAGGGAACCGACGACCACGAGGCAUACCUCACCACCGAGGCGUCUGACCACAGACGCAGCGUCUCGACGGUGAACCAGCUGGCCCAUGCGCUCCACAUGGACCCAAGGCUGGACUCUGGCAGUCUGGUUCGAGUGUUCUGGCCCAAGAGUCGCUGCACGCUUCUGAGAGAUGACCUGGUUCUGAUGGACAGUCCAGGGACAGACGUCACCCUGGAGUUGGACAGCUGGAUUGAUAAGUUCUGUUUGGAUGCAGACGUCUUCGUUCUGGUGGGGAACGCCGAGUCAACGCUGAUGAACACGGAAAAACUUUUCUUUCACAAAGUGAGUGAACGCAUCUCUAAACCAAACAUCUUUAUCCUUCACAACCGCUGGGACGCCUCGGUGACGGAGCCCGACUACAUCGACCAGGUAAGGAAGCAACACAUGGACCGCUGUGUGAGCUUCCUGUCGGAGGAGCUGGGGGUGGUUGGACCGGAAGAGGCAGCUGGGAGAAUCUUCUUUGUGUCGGCCAAGGAGGUCCUGAGCUCAAGGACACAGCGGACACAGGGCAUGCCUGAGACAGGUGAAGCAGGUGGCGCUAUGGCAGAAGGUUUCCAUGACCGGCUGAGAGAGUUCCACCUGUUUGAGAGAACUUUUGAGGAGUUCAUCUCUCAUUCUGCGGUUCGAACCAAGUUCGAACAGCACACAGUGAGGGCAUGGCAGAUCACAGAGGCCAUCAAAGCAGUGAUGGACGCCAUCAACAUCGCCUCAGCUGACAGGAAGAUCUGCUGCCUGGAGGAGCGAGAGGAGCAGCGGGAUCGGCUGGACUUUGUCAGAGGACAGAUGAGCCGUCUGAGUGACAAUGUGAAGGACCGAAUCAGAACACUGACAGAUGAAGUUGCUGCCAAGGUUGCCAUGGCGCUGUUGGAUCAGAUCCAGUCACUUCCUGUUCUUGUUGAGGAGUUCAGAGCCGACUUCAGCCCGACACCAGAAACUCUGCAACUCUACAAAGCUAAGCUGGUGCAGCACGUGGAGGAGAGGCUCGUUGGCUGUUUGGCUCAUCGCUGUUCUCUCAGCAUCUUCAGAGAUAUCCGAGAAGCGCAGAAACACAUGAUUGACAGCGUCCGUCCCCUGGUGUCUCUUUCUGUCCAGCAGCAGCUCUCUACUCCAUCCUCCUCUUUCGAGAUGACCUAUGACCUCACUCUGGCCGCCCUCUGUGCCGACUUCAGGGAGAACAUUGACUUCCAGUUUUCUUUGGGUUGGACCGCCCUCGUCACACGCUUCAUUGGAGCCACCAAUGCUAAGCGGGCAUUGAGUGGCGGCGAGCGUGGCCUGAAGGAAGGACCAGCGUUCAAGGAUGAAGUGCUUGUUUCCGUAGCAACGGGCUUAGUCUCUGUCACCUCCAGGGCGUCCAUGGUGGUUCUGGUGAUUGGAGGUGUGGUGUGGCGCUCUGUGGGCUGGCGUGUCAUUGCCCUGUCCAUCUCCCUGUAUGGACUCCUCUACCUGUAUGAGAGACUCACCUGGACUGAUGCUACUAAGGAGCGUGCUCUGAAGAAGCAGUUCACGGAGUAUGCGGCUCUGCGCCUCAGAGCGGUCGUCUCCGUCACCAGCUCCUCUUGCAGCCAACAGGUGUACAAGGAGCUGACAGCCACCUUCAACCGUCUGACGCAGAGGGUGGACCUGAGCGAAGCUGAGUUGGAAGGAAGCAUCCGUCAGCUGACCUCCAGGAUCCAGAAACUAGAGAAGACCCAGAGGAAGUCCAAGGCCUUUAGGAACCGAGCCACGGAGCUGGAGGCCCAGCUGGAGGCCUUCUCUGCUCGGUACCUGCAGGUGGACUGAGGGAGCAGAACCAGCCGGGUCGCCUUCUUCACAGCAGGAUCCCAACCAGCGGUUUGGACCCAUCUCUCAGAACCAGAGGUUAAUCUGAUGGUGCUUCAGAACCAGCUUCACCUGCUGAGGAGUUCCGGGCUCUACACCUAGUUGCCGUGACAACAGAGGACCUUGAGGACUUCUGCUUGAUCAAUCAUCUGUUUAACUGAUGGUUCUGAGUAGAAGAGCAGAUGCUUUAGGUUUUGUAUCAUUUUGGAUGUCUCUGGUUCUCUCUGGUAGA